AUUUUCUGGAAAUUUAAUAAAAAAAAAAGUUUUGUUUUUUUCUAUCGGGAAGGAAAAUAUCUCGAUCAAAUCUUCCUCGUCGUCCGCUCGUUGAUUUCUCGUUCAAAUCUUCGAGCUCCAAAGCCACGAAGGGGGCGAAGAAUCGCCAGUUGAGAUCGCUCCGAAGACAAAGGAAUUCAGGUGAAUUUCCUUUCCGUUGAUCCUGGCGAUUACAAUUAGCUUUUCCCUGCAGUAACAAACCAUGGGGACUAGAUGCUGUGAUCCUGCAAAAAUUAGUAGCCUGCAGACUAGGAAAAGAAAAUCCUCCUCAUUUCGAAAAGCCACCAACGAUAAAUGGCCUCUUUGACUUGGUUUUCAGUAAGUUCACCCAGGAAGGUGAUUCCUAAUAAUCAAGCUUUUAAGUGGAGAUCAUCCAAAUUGCCGAGGCAGGUGCAGAAGCCAAUCUUGCGCCGAAAAUGUCUGACCUUGUGCAGUAGCAACUUGUUUCCAUGGGAAGCUUCUCCUCCAUAUGCUACUACAGAGGAUGGUGAUGGAAUCAUCAAGGGAAGCAAUAUCGUCGAACCCAUAGAUGCGGAUGACAAACUUGGCAUUCCUAUUUUUCAGGGCGAAGAAGAAGCCAUCAUUGACAUGAAAAGCCAGCCGCCUACACUGCAGCAGCCUCUUAAAUGGCCAAUGUGGCUUUUGGGACCUUCUGUUCUUCUAGCCACAGGCAUGGCGCCGACAUUAUGGUUACCUCUGUCCUCUGUGUUCCUGGGCCCGAAUAUAGCUGGUCUUCUGUCUUUAGUAGGACUCGACUGUCUUUUCAACAUGGGAGCAACCUUGUUUCUUCUCAUGGCCGAUGCUUGCGGACGACAUCCUACAAGCAACCUCGAACAGAAGAUCCGAGUGCCGGCUGCAUACAAGUUUUGGAAGUUAGUGUCGAGUCUGCUGGGCCUUCUAGUUCCUUUAAUACUACUCUUUGCAUCUCAGAGGGGCUCUCUCGAACCACAAGUCUCGUUCAUCUCGUUUGCUGUGCUGCUCGGGCCGUACCUUCUGCUGCUUUCUGUGCAGAUGCUGACGGAGAUGCUCACAUGGCACUGGAGGUCACCGGUGUGGAUAGUGACACCCCUAGUUUACGAGGCUUACAGGGUGCUGCAGCUGAUGAGAGGGCUCAAAUUGGCUGGGGAGAUCGGUUCCCCUGCAUGGGUGACAGGAAGCAUCCGUGGGUUGGUGUCAUGGUGGGUGUUGAUUCUUGGAGUUCAGCUAAUGAGUGUUGCUUGGUUCGUAGGAGUUGCAUCUCGGGUUCGGCAAAAUGGUAGUGCUUGAAUUGUCUUCAGCUUUAACAUUAUGGUAAAAAAAAAAUGUAGACAGUAGACGUUACAUUGUAAAGGACAAGUGUCUUAAUUGUUUUCAAGCUGUUCUGUUA